UAUGUUUCCAAUUAUUAUUUUACAAAGUCACUUUAGAGUCGUGUAUGCUUUGGGAUAGCACAUAAACACCUUGAAGUUUAUUUAGCAAGAUAGAUAUAAGUUUACACCGAUUUAAGGUUAGAAAUUCUGUGAGAAGAAAUCCACGAAAAUGUCUAAAUCAUUGAAACAAGGACGUCGUAUGGCGAAGAAAAUAUUACCAAAAGUGGAUCAUUCUUCACCUUUACAAGUAUAUAUUCCUGCAGGAAUGGCAAGUGCUAAACCACCACUUGGAUCACAACUUGGGCAGAGAAAUAUUAAUAUAGCAAAUUUUUGCAAAGAGUUUAACAAUAAGACGGCACAUAUUAAAGAAGGUGUACCUUUGCCAUGUCGCAUAAAAGCAAGAGCUGAUGGAGGUUACGAUUUAGUAAUUCAUCAUCCACCAACAUCAUAUUUUUUAAAACAAGCAGCUGGAAUUGAGAGAGGAAAAAUAAUGAAAGGAGAAAUAGCUGGCAAAAUAACAUUGAAACAUUUAUAUGAAAUUGCUUGUGUUAAGGCACAAGAUCCACCUAUGGCAUUACUAAAUGUACAACAAAUUUGUCAAAUGCUUGUUGGUAUUGCUCGUACUUGUGGUAUAGAAAUUGUACGUACCCUGGAUCCUAAAGAACACGAAGAAUUUAUGAAACAAAGGGAAGCAAAUGUUGAACAGCGCAGAGAAGAUUUAAGAUUAGCGAAAGAAGCUAAAUUACUUAGAGGAAGUGCUUAAUUGUUAUAUUACAUUAAUAAACUGUACAUAUAUAGGAGAAAAUAUAGUAGUUUACACUGAAACAUAA